AUGUCUAACGAGCCUUUUGAAGGUCCGUCGCACGCAAAAACUACCGUAAUGCGAGGCGAUGACGAGAGAGCAGAGAAAAACAAGAGCAGAGGAGACGAGGAGAAAGCCACCAACCGCGCCGACCUUGAUGAGGGUCACUCUUGGCAACGCGCCAGGCCGACGUUCGCCUGCCCGCCCCGCCCUCGUCACCUCAAAGGGGCGACGGUCACCCAGCUCCAGCCCCGUCCGGCCGAACCCGUGUCCGGAUCUCGACGUACUAGGCAGCCGGAUCGUCUACUGCCAGCCGCCUGCGAUUCAUGCGGCACAAUGCUGCUCCGCUCUCGACUUCUGAUCUGCUUGCUGGUCCAUGUUGGCGGAAUUCUGGCCCAGGGCCAAGUGGUGCUCGAUCCUGGCCUGAUGCCGGCUCGGCAGCCGAUUCAAAAUAUUCUUGGCGGAGUUUAUUCGAACAAUGUGACGUUGUUCUUCCGUAACUCACCCUAUAGAGUCACUAGCGACCUUACGGUUGAAUACGGUGCAACGUUAACCAUAGAGACUGGUGUACAAAUGUAUUUCGAUACUGGUGUUGGAUUGAAGAUUAAAGGAGCAUUGCAAGCUAUAGGAAAUGAAUUCGCUCAUAUUCAAAUGUUGCCAUAUCAACAACAGUUGAACUACGAUGACUCGUUCCCGAAAUUUCGUCUUAUCGAUGGAGCGACGGUCCGGGAGGGAAGGCUGCAGGCAUUGUUCCGAGAUCGUUGGCGUUCUGUAUGCACUAUGGUCACUAACUGGACCAGCAUUGACACUACGACCGCCUGCCGAUCCAUGGGCUAUAGCGACGGAGGGUUUCUCAAAUGGCAUCUACGUAACAAUGACACUUACCCUCUGGCAAUGCCACGCCCUGAUUGUCAUCCGGGAGCGAAUUCCCUUUGGGAUUGUCCAGGUUUUGCUGAUCCGAACGCUAUUCGCCUUAGCGAGAACCUCUGCCAAGGUGAAGACGAUCUAGGACUCGUAUGCUGGGGAGCGCCGAUAUUUCAAGGAUGGGCUAAGCAUUGGAAAGGGCUUCAAAUAUACAACUCACCGUACACCUACGUUAGCGCGGAUCCGGAUCACGUAGCAGUUCAAAAGGAAUCGCUUAGUCGCAUGGAAUACGUGGAUAUACUCUACGCUGGCUACGAUGGGUCGACUAAAAACACCACAGCUGCGUUGUGCAUCGAAGGUGUGGCACCGAUCAUGAAUGGGAUUCGAAUAGAGCGAAGCGCUCGAGAUGGGCUCUAUGUCUAUGAACCGUCAGGUCCAAUUUUGAUAGCGAACUCAACGUUUUCAUGGAAUCGCGGUCAUGGAAUCAUGAUCGAUAACACUACCGAUGGACGAGUUUUCAUCAAUAUGACUAGGAUCGAGAAUAACUACGGAGACGGGGUUUGGUACAGAGAAAAAACUGGUGCAAAUCUACUUAGUCAUGGAAUAAGGAAUCGUCGAGAUGUCACGAAUUUCGCAUUCGCUGAGGAAAAACCGCGAGCGGAUAUUUGUCGUGAGCAUUCGUUGUCGACGCAGUACUUUUUUCCGCAUCUGCUGAUGGCUCGGCUCGAUAAUGGUACCCUAUACGAUCCAUCGAAUCCUCCGUCUUGUUGGAUUGCGAUAUCGUUGCCGCCAAGGCUACAGUACACCUAUUCGCUGCAAUUCGUGAACGUUCGAAAUCUGAACCCACCUCAUACGUCGAACACUCAUUUAGUUGUUUGUGAUGCUACCCAGGAAAAGAGCGCAUGUGCACUGGAGAGGUUAAGGGUCUCCAUUCUAGACGGGAUCUACCCACAGACUGUCAGUUUGAGAAGCGGAAGUACGCCUUUGUAUGUUGCGCUCGAGCACCAACAAGAAGGCAACCAGGCUGGCUACGUAGUAGGAGAUGUUGAAGUCUUUUUUCGUGUUCACGCUAGUGUUACAGACAAGGCAUUUUAUGGGCUCAACAUCACGAACUCAAUAAUCAAUAAUAAUAUUGGAAAUGGUGUCUUUGGAAGAGAUAUCCGUGAAAGAACCGCAUUCUCGAACGUAACCGUCAAUCUGAAUCAGGGUCUGGCUGGAUUUCUUGUCAAGGACGGAGCAGCUGAUAUUUGGCUGAACGACACACGGAUUCAAGAGAAUUGGGGUGAUGGUUUGAAUGUGAGUUAUGCUGGAGGAGCUAUUACCGUCAAUGGGACGCGAUUGGAAAGAAAUCGAUGGCGAGGAGCUGCUUUCCAUUUCAACGAUUCCUCUCCGUUCCUGGCUCUUCACCAGGAAAUCGUCUUUAAAGGACGUCCAUCGAAUAACAUCUUCUACCUCCCAACAAUUGUGGCCAACAAUCUCUGGGGUGGAGUUCUGGUGGGGAAUUUCUGUCUCCCAGCGUACAGAAAUAUCGAACCGAAGGUCUUGAUAAACUGGGUCGAAUUCCUGAGCAAUUCCUAUCAUCCAGCCCUCGAAAUUCAUUCCUGUCAAGGUUUCGACACAGCGCGAACGGUCGUCGAUGUGACAGGAAAUCGUAUUGAGGGAAAUACUGGAAUGGGUUUCCGUAUGGCCCCAUCGGUGAACGUGUUGGCAUUUAUCAACAGCAAUCAUUUCCUUAACAAUAACGAUACAGCGCUGCUGAUUAAAAAUGCCGAACAUCCACAGCUUUGGACGUUGAGAGCAAAUGUUACUAUAUCCAAGAAUGCAUUCAAAUUCAAUCGUGGCAAAUAUAUAAUCUCAGUCGGACUGAACGAGGGCGCCCCUGCUCAGCAGCUGAUUUUCAAUCAACAGAACGAGAUCCGAGAGAACACUGUUUUCAAUCCAUAUCCAGAACUGAGGCCUCGUUCCACCCCCUAUGCAGCAAUGGUCGUUUCCAGUAGCAACGUAAUCAUCCGCCGUAAUUGUUUCAAAAAUCCUCAAGCCGCCUACGAAAUCGGUACGGAAUUAACGGAACACGCUAAACGGAUCGACGCUAAGGAGAAUAAUUGGGGAUCGCCAACGCCGGCACAAUUUAUGGCCAAGAUAUUCGAUCAGUUCAAUCGAUACUCACUGGCGGUAGUUGAAGUCUUCCCUUACGCAGCAGUCUGUAACCAAAGGAAUCCCCAUAUCACGUAUCAACAAGAGUUCUUCCGAGAAUUCCGCAAGGAUUCCCAACCAUUCGUGCUCGGUGGAGCGAUCUACGAGAAUCAUGACCUCGUGCCUGGAAGGUAUACGGUAACCGACGACCUACACGUGGUACCAGGAGCAAAACUUACCAUAGCGCCCGGAUCAGUAUUGGAAUUCCAUGAUGGCGUAGGGAUGCUUGUCCAGGGUGAACUGUCCAGAACGGAGUUCUUUGGUCCUGAAAAGAAAGUAAUUUUCACCAGCAAACCAUUUGUUCCUGUGAAAAAUAAGAACAUUCGAUUGGUGGACGAGGACGGGAGUGAUGACGUUACCGAAGGACGACUUGAGGUUUUCGUCGAUGGCUCUUGGGGUACGGUGUGCAACCGCACGUGGUCAGCAAAACUCGCACAAAUGGCCUGCAACCAACUAGGUCUGAUAUCUGAUCCGGAGUUUUUCGAAAACUGGCGAAUAUUCCGUCACAAGGGUGAUCUUCCAAUGAUCAUGGACAAUAUACGCUGUGAAGAGAAUGAGGUGGACUUAACUCAAUGUCGCCAUGAUGGUGUCAGCCACAACGUUCCGGCCGGAUGUCGCGCCACGGAAGUAGUAGCCAUUCGUUGCACGGAACCUCGUUGGGCUGGCGUACGGUAUUCGUUACUGGCAAAUCCGCCCACUUUCACUGGCCAAACCACUAUGCAUAACUGGAUCAUUGAGAAGGCCGGCUUGUUCGAUUUCCGAACUCCUGAGUUCUCACCCGCCCUUCAAAUCGACUGGAACUAUCACGUUUUCCACAAAUUGGAGAUCAGGAACAACUUCUGGAACGGCAUUGAUAUCAUCUACAACGAUCUAAUCAAAAAACCGGCCAUACGAAAUAGUGUUGUGGUCAAUAAUCGAAGGAAUGGAAUGCAUCUCCGAUCUGUGGGAAUCACUCUUGAAGAGAUGUCUCUGACACAUUCCGGCCAAGCAGGCCUACGGUACAACCCGAGCAUCUCCGCUUCUCUGCAGCGAGAUAUCGUAUCCUGGCUGGAUAUGCGAGAACAACCCGAACUAGAAGCUAAUAAUAUAUACAUUAUUCCUGACAGAGCUUACCAGACUAUUGAGGUUGUCGAGAGUCACCUGAACCAGCGGAAAGUUUCUGAUAGCGAAGCCAACGGCGGAAUGUCCAGAAGGUGUAUAUUCGAUAUGAAACUCCACGCUAGUGGAUUUGGCUAUGGUCUGCCUGCGAAGAUGGCAAUCCAGAUUGUCAAUCCUGUAUCGAACAUCUCCGAUGAAGACGCCGUAUUUUAUGACCAACAAAGCGGGAAAUCAUUUAGCGUUCGUGGCGAUUCCAUUCAGUUCCCCGUCGUCUUCACCUCGAAUGUAGUAACUGUACAGUACAUGAGAUCCUAUGGGCCACCGAAACUGAUCGUCUUAGUGUUGUUCCUUGAUGCUCAGGAAUAUCUGGACCGUUUCGUCCACUUGUACCAGUCUGUUGUUGAAGACAAUCAGUGUGGUAUUUCAUCGGUGCACUACAGUAACCUUUCAUAUUCUGACGGAACGAUUACGAACAGGUGGAGCAAUGAGAAGUUGUGGUUCCAAAAGGUGAACUUCACCAGAAACUCCGAAGCUGUGGUGUGGAUCCACUCACCCCAACAUCAAGUUUUACCUAACACUCCAAUUUCUGAGAUCCAUUACCACCUAGACAACUGCUCCAUCGCUGAUAACCGUGGACCUGUGAUUGAAACGCAUAGAGACCUUUUUGCUUCAGCAAAUGUCUUCCAUUGGAACAUCUGGUCAAACACCUUCAUGAACAACUCGAAUAGUGGUGUAGCAAUUCGCCUUCCGGACACUUAUGACCUACUUGCGAAGCAGGAGCACAGCUUUUGGAUGACUGAGAAUCGAUUCGAGGAUAAUGAUAACUUGUACAUACUUCUGGAUGGCUACUACACUUUUGCGAACAUCUCGUCGAAUAAUUUCACGGAUAAUUAUUCGUACGGUGCUCUAAUGGAUUUAAGAGGCAUGGAAAAGAAAUUGAUCUUCGAAAGGAAUCGAUUUUUGACCAACAAGGCGAAAUGGCUGCUAAGGAUGGGAAUCAAUUCACAGUCUCUAAAGAAUCUUUUUGUCGACGCGUUUAUACAGUACAACUACUUCCUUCACAACUACUUCAUCAAGGCUAACGAAGAUUACGUAGACUCAUGGCCAAGAUCAUACGCAGUUGGGAUAUUUGGCUCACAAAAAGCGGAAAUCCAUUUCAAUCAAUUUAGAAACCCUCUCAUGGAUUUCGAAGUGAUUUCAGGAUGCAAGUAUGUAUCGAUCGAGGACAGAAUGAAUAUAUCCUAUAAUUGGUGGGGUACUGGCAAUGAAGCUGAGGUUGCCCAAAGGGUGUUCGACUUCGAUGACUGGAACACAUUCACCUUAGCUGACUACAGUCCUUUCUAUAUUACCAAUGAGUUGUUUAUCAACUUCUGGUGGGAACCAAGAAAAGGACAGCUGGGUAACGCUACCUAUAGUGAACCAUCUGCGCUUGAUCUCAAGGGUCGAAUGUAUGAGUCGAAGAAUUUAACGCUGAUACGAGAGCGUUGGCAUCAGUUCCCUCACUACUAUAAGCCAUUCCGUCCGUAUCGUAUCACCAGAGAUCUGACGAUUAUGCCAGGUGCAACGUUAUGGAUAGAAAAAGGUGUCGAAGUGCAUGUCUGGCCAAAUGUUCGUAUACUAGUGUUAGGCGAUCUCGUCGCUGAUGGAACUUACUGGGAGCCCAUCAGAUUUAAACCCAUCAACACUACUGAAUACGAUGAAAUGCGCGGGAAAAUAGGGACAAGGUAUAAAAGGCAGUCUGGAUUCCUCCGCCGCCAUAAACGAAGCGAUGUGGGUCUGAGAAUUCAGAAAUGGUUGAGGACAAGAAGAGCUAAUAGAGCAAGAUCAGAUGACGUUUACUACCAGUUUCCAUUACUCCAUAGGGAAGAUCCUUAUUAUCAACGUUUCUCAGUGCAACUCACCUCCAAUAGUACGAUUCCUGGACGUGCUGGAUUCCUUCAAAUUUACAAUGCCACCACCGGAGAAGUGAUUCCAUCAUGCGACCGGCAAUUUACCGUGAGGAACGCUCAGGUGGUCUGCCGAGAAUUAGGAUUUGAAACCAUGAACGCAUACCACUGGAUCACUCCCAGAUGGGAGUACAAUCCACAGAUCCGUCUAGUCAAAACUUAUGUGGAACCGCGAGAAUGCAGAGGAAACGAGAAGAGCCUGGAUAGAUGUAAUCUACGGCUGACAGGAAACGACUCUCAGUGGCAGUGUAUAGAUAACGAACAUUUUAACUAUAUUUAUUGUGGGAGGAACUCUACAUUGGAUCCAAUUUACAUCGGUAGCUGGGGCGGCGUGAGCUUUGGUCGCGCUUCACUUGAACUUGAUCAGAUUCCUUCUAAAGACGCUUCCCUGCUUAGAAAUGUAGAGAUCGUUGGCGGUGGUUCUGGACAUAAUGACAGUUUCCAAUCGGCUGGGUUACAACUAUUCUACAGAUCACCAAUGAUUGAUCAUGUAAACGUAACUAACAGCAGCAUGCACGCUAUACAGGUGAUCUCUCCACGAGAAAAGGUCAUUUUAAAUAUGGUGAAUGUAACUAACAAUGGUGGUAUAGGCGUGAGCAUUACUACCUCCAGCAUUCAAUCCGGAAACACGAAUACAGAUAUUCCUUUCCAACCACUAACAAUACCGUACUACUCGCUUGGAAUGGUAGAUAUUUGUGCCGCAAAUAAAAUGCUACAAGUCAAUAACAGGGUCUUGGUUUACUACAAAUACGACUCGCUACCUGUAGAUUGCGUAAAAAUCUUCUCUUCUUCCGGUCGAAAAGUUGCUUUUCGGUUUUUGCAGGUGAACCUCUACUCAUCCCCAGCCGACCUCGGUAGAUCCGACGCACUUCGGAUAUACGCCUCUAUAGCCUUUAAGCCUGUAACUUUACUGGCUGAGUACAGGCUAGAUCGUGAAUCUACCCCGUUCUCAAACGCAGUGAGUGCCGACGUCUUGGCUCUGCACUUCCGCGGUACUGCUGCUGAUGGUGAAUACGGAUUCAUCGCGGAGAUUUCAAGCAUUCCCAGUAGUCCAGACUCAAGCGCUGUGGAGCAAGUCGUUCUCAGAGGUUCACGGAUAGAUAAUAAUGAUCGGGGAGCUGUUGUGUAUCAGAAUACUGGUGAGAUGAGUCCAGCCGUCGUUAUUGAAGAAUGUUCACUAAGUCGCAACGGUAUUCAUCUCUUCGGAAACAUAUCAACCACCAACUAUCCAGUUGAACUUCGUCUUCAUAACACCAUGUUUCUUCUCUUCCGCGGGAAUUCUCUUGCUUACAAUCGAGGUGGUCUACUGGUGUCAGCAAAAUCUUCAUCGGCUGUCGCUCGUCUGAAUGCCGUGGUGAAGAAUAAUUUGUUCACAUGGAAUAGUAACAGCACUACUGUUGCCUUGUAUGGGAAUAACUACCAGAUGGUUACCAUGCUUAAUAAUAUCAUCUCACAUAACUACGCACUCUACCACGACACAAUUAAAAUCCAGGAUAUGUCUGUAAAUCUAACUCGAAAUGUGAUAUUCAGCAAUCUUGGAUUACAUACGGUAGACUCCCAUGGAUAUUCUCGUAUAACCUCCGAAACACAAACAUUCCUCUACAACAACUUCGAGGAUAAUACUGCAUUGGGUCACGGGCAUCAAUACAUGGAACAAUUUGGUUAUCUACCAGAGGAGGAACACGACGAGUUUUUGAGACGCCCCAGAAGACAGGUCAUAACCCAAGAAGGAGUCUCAUUCGACUGGUGGACACAUGUUGGUUCUGAGACAGAGAGAUAUCGAAGCACGAUCCUGGCCGGCAGCUCACAGCAGAGCUACCGCGGCAAUGUUUUCAACAAUAAGAAAAAUGCAUAUGAGCUCACCACAACGAAGCGAACCCAAUACGACAUUGGUUCAAUCGACGCUCGCUUAAAUUAUUGGGGAUAUCCUGGCGUGGAAAGUGUAGCCGCCGGAAAGAUAAGGGACUUUUCGGAUUACCCUUACUUGAUUAAGGUCGACUAUCAACCUGUACUUGAGUCGAAUUCCUCAUUACUGGAGGGAGAUUGUCCAGCAGGCUGGUUUGAAGCAGGUCUCGAGGAAUUUAAAUCAUGUUUCCUAUUUGUGGGUGCGGCUGCCACCUACACGGAUGCAACGUUGUAUUGUACGGCUAUGGGUGCGUUCGUUCCGUACUUGCGCACCGAUGACGUUCGUCAGAAGCAGAUCGCACAAAGAAUCGACCAAUUCAGUCAACAGUAUUUGACGGAUCCGGAGAAAUUUGAUUCUUUUGCGCUUCGAUCUGACACGAUUGUUUGGAUUUCUUCUGUUACAAUUCCACCCACACAAUGUGCUUGGCUCAGUGCUAGGACGGGCAAAAUUGGAUCGCAAAACUGCAACAAUCUGAUGCCUUUUGUUUGCGAAAAAGGAACUCGACCUUAUGUUGAGCCGAUCAUGUGGCGAGCUGGCAUUGUGAUAGCUGUAGUCAUAAUCGCUGUUCUGUUCGUUCUCCUGUUCCUUUUGGCUGUGUGCUGGUGCAUAAAAUCCAAAAGAAGAAACGAGGACGCUAUUGAAAGGAAAAAUAUUAUUCGUGCUAGCAUUAACCUCCAGAGAAAAGCAUCAGCUCAUCAGCGAAAAUCGCUCCCAUCACACGAGUCAGCAAAGGCCAGCCUGACGUCUUCUACCAUCAAUGCCUAUGGGGAUCCAUUUGUCGCACACAGGAAUAUGAUGCGUGGUCGUGCGACUAACUCACGUUCACCAACUGAGACAGUUCGAACGGAAUGCUCUGAUUCACUUUCCACUGAUCGUACCUAUGAGAGAACUUCAACAGCAGAUGCAUCGAGAAUGACCUCGUCGUAUACCAGUGGUUCCUACACACGAUCAAAGCCCUACAGCGACGUGUCAUCUGAAGGAUACUAUAGUGGCAGGAUGUCAUUGAGGCACAAAGCUUGUUCAAAUCCGAAUCCAUACGAGGAGAUCCCAGCAAUGAACACCUUCCAGCCAUCUAACAAGGCUCGCGAUGCUGUGCGGUUGCGAGACCCACGCUCAGAUACGACCUACUCUUCUACCGUGACGGGCUCUUGCUCCACAUGCCCAACUGAGUCAGAGCGUGAUUCGACUCUCACGGACGGUUCCUGGAGCGAACAAUCAUCUACCGCAUCCGAGAACACCGUGCAGAAUCGACGCCUGCUACCACCUCGACCCGAACCGCCCCCUAGGUACGAGUCUACACCCCGCCUGGCACCAAGCCGUUCGAAUCCGAACCUCCAGAGUUUCCAUUCUAUUGGGAAGUUCAGCGGGCAACUACCACCCACUUCUGCUACGCUGUAUCGAGGAACUACCACCACUCCUCAACGGUCAUUAGUAAAUCUUUAUAACCCUCUCGCCGAUUCACCGGGAAGAUCGAGAAAACCCGUGAUUGAGACCGCUAUGUGA